GAAAACAAUAAUCAAUAAAAUUAAAAAAUCGUGCUUAAACGUUUCAAGAAGAGACUCGAAGGUAUUUUUUAGGCGCAAAUAUGGACGAUUUGUGCACAACGUGUCUGUGCUCUGGGCGAAGCCUUUAUUUUCUUGAGGACACGGAAUACUAUCAUAUGUAUUUACAGAUUUUAAACGAAAUACAACCGGACCUGCGGGUUCGCAUUUGCUGGGAGUGCCGCGCGCUGCUGCGUCGCUUCCAGCAGUUCAGAGGGCAGGCGCGCCGCUGCCAGCUGCUUCUGACCGAACAGCAAAGCACCCCAAAAUACGCACUGUGCCAACCGCCUCGGUUGAGUAUUCAACCCGUGCACACCAUCAGUUACCCGCUAGAUGUGAAAGCCGAGCCCACGGACACAACCAAUGUGGAGAUUAUUGACAACAUAAAGGUGGAAGUAGAUGACACCGUAGAGCAUUGUGAACCGGAGACGUUUGUGAAUGACCUGGAUUUGAAGAAAACUGAGGAUCUCGAGAAGAGUGAGGAUUUAAAGAAGCCAAGCAAGAAAAAGAAGAAAAAGCUAAAAGGGAACAAAAAGAAGAAAAAGAAACUAGAGGAACCAUUGUCAGAUGGAUUCAGCGACAGAGACUGUGAUUACAAAAUUGACAUUGUUGACAAUUUUGAGAAUAUCGCUAACAAUGUUGACAACUUUGACAAUGUGGGUGCAGAUGUUGACAACUUUGACAAUGGUGACAAUUUUGACAAUGGUGACAAUGGUGACAAUGGUGACAAAGUUGACAAAGCUGGGGAGAAUGUGAUAGAAGCUAAAUGUAUGUGUUCUGAGUGCGGUCUUACCUUUGAUACCAGAAGGCAGAUGGACUUACAUGUUAAAAAGGAACAUUUAAAGGAGGAGGGUGUGACGGGGAAAGUUAGGACCCGGAGUAAAGAGGUGUUGGCGGAGAAACCCACGUGCGCGGAGUGUGGAAAGGUGUUCAGCUCUAGAAAGACCUACAGGUACCAUCUAAAUGUGCUACACAAAGGACAGAACCGAUACCCGUGUCCGCGAUGCGGUAAAGUGUACCAGUGGAAGUCCAAUCUCGGCCGCCAUCUCAGAACACAUAAGGCUCGAGAUGACGGCGAGCUGUACUGCGCGCUGUGCGACAAGCGGUUCGCGUCCGUCGCGACAUACCGACAACAUCUGCGCGUGUCGCGGCGACACGUGCCCGAGAGCGAGUUCAGUUUCGUAUGCAACGAGUGCGGUAAGAAGUUCGUGAAUAAGACCCGGCUGAGAGACCACGUGGACUGGGAGCAUCUCAAGAAGAUCAAGUUCCGGUGCCAGCUCUGUAACAAGCCCUUCAAGUGCCACACAUCGCUGUACGUGCACCUACAGAACGUGCACCGAAAUAAGGAGAAGAAAGACAACUUGUGUCACGUCUGCGGGAAAUCUUAUCAGAACGCAGCCAAACUUAAGUACCACAUAGUGGCGAUGCACACACGUGAGACGCCGUACGAGUGUGGACAGUGUGGGGCGGCCUUUGGGUGGUACUCGAGCUUAUACAGACACAUCCGCGAGGUGCAUUAUAAGAUGAAAGUGCAACCGAAGAAGUCGAAGAAGGGAAAGAAGAUAGAAGAUAUGGACGUGAUGCCGCCGCUGCCCGGGCCCGCUUAAACAUACAGACAUACAUACAGACAGACAAUUCAUUUGGUAAAAUUAAGCCAAUAGGGUAUUUGACUACCAGCAGGCGUGGCUCACUCCGCGAUUUCGUCGCUUUGCUACAGGUAGCUAAAUGUACAUCCGUUCUACCCCAAUUUUGGGGUUUGCCAUAAGCCGCGCGUGGCGCUGUCGCCACCUAGCGGCCAUAUCUGUGCUGAUCGUGACAGACGCGUUUUGUUAGAGAGUGAGUCUUCUGUACCUAGUACUGUUAUUUAUUCUGUGCUACCAGUCAAAUCAGUUUCUUUUUUCGGACUGCCAAAACGAUUUUGUUACAAUGGAAUAUAUAUGAAACACUAGCAUGUGACGCUGACGUCACAAUCAAAUUACCUACUCUUUAGUUUUAUAUAAGUAGGGUUUAAAAUAGAAAUUGUGUGUAAAAAUAACUGCUGUCCACGUUUCUCUAUUAAUCUUCUGGUGCUUUAUUUCAUGCGUGGAGUAAAAUAAUUUAUUUUAAAUACAGUCAAAUACCCUAUUCUUUAUUAUUUUACGAGUAUUAGUAUUUUUAUGUUUUUGGUUGUUAACAGACCCUUGUGUUUAAUAAUUAUUGAAAAAAUAUGAUGUAAUAAUUAUUCAUAGAGUUAGACCAAGAUAAGACUGCAACGAUUUUAAUAGCACACGCAGUGCAAGUGUUAUUUUAAACGUCAA